UCCCCGUCUUCUCAAUGUCUCUCUAUCAGGAGGAGAAGAGAGGCUCCCCAGAGGGACUGUGGUUCGUUCCCGCUGCCGCCUACACUGGCUUAAUGAGGAGCCUGCGGGAAGGGGCUGAUCCCAUAGUUCAUCACAUGGCUGCAAAAGCCAUAGAGAACAUUGCCAGUGCUGUCUCUGGCUCCUCCCACCAACUGGCUACUACCGAGAUAGGCUCUGCCCUGUGGUACCUGUUCACUCACUCCACCGUGGAGGCUGUAAGAGUCACUGCUAUCUCUGCUCUUUCAAGGCUAACCCGGGUGCUCCCAGCAGUCUUCUUGGCAGUGAUUGACACCUGUGGCCCUGCGGCCAUCUUGGAGGGCGUUGGUGGAGCAGGGGCCAGGGUCCAGCAGCACCUGCUCACUGCUAUGGCCACGGCCCUGCUCACCUCACCCAUCCAAACACACCGCGUCACACAGAGCACGGAUUUGGUGUUGAAGGUGCUACGCUGUCUAGAGAGUCCAUCCACAGUAACAAGAGCCAAAGCAUUACUACUGCUACUGCUACUGAUACAGGACAACACACACACGCUUCUAUUCUGCUGUCAGCACAGGCUUGUAUUGCACCUGGAGAGAGACCUGCGCAAAGCCACUCCCCUCAGAGAGAACCCCAUCCAAUCAGGAUACCUCACUCAGUGUCUGGAUUUACUGAUUGUAUAUCUAGGAAGCACUGCCUCAUUGAUACUGGAGGAAGUGUUAUGUGCAUUACGAGGUGUGAUCGGGAGGAGACAUCCAACUACAGCUCAGAGCAAGAAGUUAAAACCCACUUUGCCUUCAAUGUCUGUGGUGCUGGAACUUCUUUCAUCGCAGGUCUUUCGAUGUCAAAUUGUAACUGAAGAGUUCAUAACUCAAACUGGAUUGCUGCUGAACUAUAUCGCCUCCAUAGAGUCCAAUGAAACCAAUCUGGCCAGUUCUUUGGGCGUAGCUGUAUGUGAGGAGUUGAUUAGGACAUCUCUGUCCAUUGUGGAAGUCCUGAGUCAGCACCAUGCUCUGAUCACUCCACAUCAUUCUGCUGUUGUUGUGGAUGCCAUCCUGCCUCCUCUGACAACACUGGCUUUCAGCAGAAAUGUGGAGUGGUCUGUGUUUGUUUUGAGGGUGCUCUCCGAACUCAGUCUUGUCCUGCUGGUCCAGGGGAGGGAUGGAACAGAAGGAGAGGAGGAGACAGAGAAAAAGCAAAAAGGAACAGAGGAAAGAGGAAAUCAUGCUGGAAGCUCCUAUAAUCAAUUCUUUGCUCUGGUCACUAAAUCCCUGCUUCCAAGGUACGAGACUCUUCUUCGAGCAGCAGAGCCUAUCCCACUCUACGCACUCAAACUGCUGGUAUCGAUGACUGAACACAGCACGCACAUAUGCAGCUUCAUCAAACACAGUAGGAUCUUACCAGCAGCAUUUCAACUCAUUAUGGCUAACAGUAGUAACGUCACCAGUGGGAAUGUCCAGAGUGCAGUGGCCUUGCUGUGUAAUCUCAGUGGACACACCGUCUUGGACCUGGAGCCACUAUAUCAACAAGGCCUGAUAGAGGUGGUGGUGAGCACCUUCCCAGAGGCUGCACUAAUACACCUGGACGUAGAAGGGAAUGCUGAGAGGAAGGUCAGCCAUCAUGUGUUACCAGCUCUUCUGGAACUGCUUCACAACAUCCUGAAACAAUUGUCUGCUGUUGUCCGCUCCGCACUGCAG